AUGAGGAACUCUUACCUCAGCAAAGAGGAUAAAAAGGUAAAUUAACAAGUUCAUAGAACCACCAAAUGUCCUAACCCAAGCCCGGACCUUGUAACUCUCUCCUUGACAUUCUCAGCUUCUCAAAUUUAACGUCAGUUUUCAGAAGUCUUCUCCUACAGUAGACCUUGCUCUUGGUUGCCCAGCUUCCUUAGCCCAUUAAUGGGCAAUUUUCACUCAGUUUGUUUUCCAAGUCUUGACCCUCUGUUUGCCCCCGCCCCCUAUUUUUAUUUUCAGUUAAUGAAACCGGUAAUAGAGAAGCGAAGAAGAGAUCGCAUCAACCAGAGUCUGGAACAUCUGAGGAUGCUUCUUCUGGAAGCCACCAAAGAUGAGGUAGGAGCUCCAAAUGUGGAAUUUAGAAUGUUCUCCCAGUUGAUACAAAACGUGCAGGGGGGGCGGUGUGGGAUUUAUCCUGUUCAUUAUAAUGAUACUCCAUAUUUCUCACUAAGGCUUGAGCCCCCCAAUGUGCUCUUGAUAAACCCCGGGUAAAUCACUAGCCCCCUUGCAGGUAUUGUGGAGCUGGUGCACUGGAGGAGGUAAUGGACGCAGUGUUUGGGGCUGUGCUGGGGGAGUGCAAGGGAGGUUUGUAGCUGUGUGUGUGUGUGUAUGUAUGUAUGUAUGUAUGUAUGUAUGUGUAUAUAUAUAUAUAUAUUAUAUAUAUAUGGCUGUGGUGGGCAAUGUGUUUGGGGACUGUGGAGGGGCAAGAUGUAUGGAGUCAUGUGAAGCUAUGGGGUAUGUAGAGGACUGGCUUAUCUCAUACAUGAAACCAUCUUUUAACAUUCAGAAUUCACAAUUAUCCCUACAUUUAUUUGUACACACUUAUAUUCAAGUGCAUGCUCAUUCCAACACCCUCAUACGUGACCUUUAAACCCGUACAAGUUCCCACCUGCACAUGCCACUUCAUAAAGCACACAUGAAUACACAGGUUCUCAUUCACACACCACAACAAAGACCUGCUUACCCUCAUUCAUGCACACAUACGUAAAUACCCUUUCACACCUAAAAAUACAGAAUUAAAAACUUUAUUUUUUUCAUACAUGCACCCAUGAAUAAAUACCCUCUUAUACAUGCUCACUUAAUCAUAUACAUGUCGGCAUGAGCACAAACCGGUGUAGGUAGCACAUGUAGCAGACAACAUGGUUUCUGACACCUCAUGACAUCAGCAAAGGGUAAUUUUUCUCUAGGUUUCCCAGCUCAGUAAAUCACAAGUUUGUUUUUAUUUUUGUUUUUUAAUUUUGAUCCUGAUAAAAAUCCCUGUAGGCUGUUAGGGACUGAAACGUCUAUCUCUCUCUCUGAACUGAAUGUCUACUCCAUAAAGGACACUUGCACUAUAUAUAUAUAUAUAUAUAUAUAUAUAUAUAUAUAUCAUGAUUAUGCACACUUCUAUUUGUAUAUGAAGUUACACAAAUUAAUAAAUGUUUGUUUUUCCAUUCAGUCUCUGAAAAAUCCCAAAACAGAGAAGGCUGAUAUUCUGACAAAGACGGUGCAUUUUCUUAAAUUGUGCCAUGAGCCAGGUGAGAGAGAUCCAAAAUAUUAUCCAUUAUUUUAUGUACAGUUAAUAGAUAUAUAAUGAAUUGUUUGUUCGCACCCAACGUGUUCCUAAAAGGCACAGUUAGGGCAUUACAUGCAAAUGAACUUGCAUUCCUCAUGAUUCUAGGCUCACAUCAGGCCAGUAUUAAACGUCACUGAGUUUGACAUGACUUUCAGCUGCUGAGGGAAGUUAAGUUAAAAAAAAAAAAAAGCAGAAAUAUUUUAGCAAUAGCUAUAUAAAAUGGCUGUACACAAUUUAAUUCAUUUAGCAGAAGCAGCGUGACUUCAUAUUCACUUUUACAAACUAGUAUAUAGCACUAGUGUAACUGACAAUGCAGCAAUUUCACUUUUAAAUGAUUAAAAGUAAUCCUAAAUGCAUCCUCUAAUUUACUAAUUGAUUUUCCUUGCUGCAAGCCAAGAAUUUUACAAAAGAGGUUGUUACACGUGUCAUGACCUUAGGGGUAUCUUCACUAAACCAUGAUUUUAAAAUUCUUUUUCCCCAAAACAUGAGUGCAGAUUAUGGUUUCCCUGCAAUUCACUGUUUAGCGUGUCCGUAUUAAAAUGGGUGAUUUGGUAAUCACUACUGUACAAAAUACAGCUCACUGACUAAUCCUUAAAACACGGUAACACUUCAUUGGAGUGUGUGUAGUUUUAAUUGUGAAUAUAAACUAUAAAAUAAAGUGGAGUGAGGCAAAACAUAAAGAAUUUAAAAAUAAAGGAUAGAAUUUUUAAGUCAGAGGUAGAAAUAAAGUAUUGAAAUAACGGGCAAUGAGCACUUGCCAAACUGCAGCUCCCAUGAACCUUUGCCAUUCAGAAGCACAGCAUUUGUCAGUCAAAGAUUCAUGGGAACUGUAGUCUGCUGAAAGGUGGAGAGAAGAGGGGAAUUUCCUCAUGCCCUUAAUGUUCUUAAUGAUAGCCCUUUUCAUAAGCCAAAUGCAGUCUAUUUGUUUUACAUGACUGUCCCAAUGCUAAAUGAGCUGCAGAUUUAUUUAUUUUUGUGUAGCUGUGAUAUAACUAGACCUGAUGGGAAUUGUCCGUGUUGGGAGCUGCAUUAGAGAUCAGUAAUGGAUAUAGAAUUGUCAGUUCAGAUGUUUGUGACCUACCUUCCACAUGAUGGUCAGCUAGCCUGUAAAUGAUCUAAGCAUCAUGGGUAAUGUAGUCCAUAAAUACCAGGAGCGCAAAUAUUGGCCAUCAGUGGUUUAUGCAGUAAGGCGGUCAGCCAUUCAUUCAAUCAGUUUGUAAGUGAUGGCGAUUAUAAAAUUAACUUCUGGAUUACUCAAAUUAGUUUUAAACAAACACCACAAAAUAAGAGAUAUAAGAUUGCCUUUCCAUUGGAAUGUUUUUGUUGAGUGGGUUAAUUUUAUCACAGUUCGCACAGACCUCUAUAAUCUGGGCCUUCACCUUUAAAGCAGAUUUGUCAUCAGAAAAUGUAUUGUACUUCUUUUUUUUUUUUUUUAUAAAGUGCUGUCCUUGGUUACAGUAUAACGAAGGUCAAAAUUUGACAAACUAAUACAGGACGAGAUGAGUGCCCUAUUCCUGUGGGAACUUAAAAAGUUUUUACAGGAUCAGAAAUAACUUCACUAAAUAUGGACUUUAUUCAUAUCUUUAGAAAGUCUCAGCACAUAAUGAGUAUCUUCUUGUGGAACAAAUGUCACUUACAAUAUCAGGCAGGUUAAACAGCCAUUUCAUCUGCUCUGUACUCUGAAUGCUCGGACUUAAAAGGACACCAUAAUCACCAGAACAACUAAAGCUCAUUUUAGUUGUUCUGGUGAGUAUAAUCAAAAUAAAAGGCUGUAUUUAAAUUGCUCCCUAGGGACACCUCCAGUGGCCACUCCUCAGAUGACUAUAGUAUUCCUUUAAGGUUCUCAAGGACCAUUAACAUCACAUGCUCCCAGUAGCUAACUUAAAACAAUGUAAUGCAAACCUCAAGUGUUAAAAGUCUAACUUUUUUUAUGAAAUAUCCAUCUGUUAUCAUGUAAUGAGCAUUGCAGAUGACUUUUAUUUUAAAGAGACUCUUGAAGCACCAAAACAACUUUAGGUUAAUGAAGUGGUUUUGGUGUAGAGCUCAUUCCUCUGCAGUCUCACUGUUCAAUUAUCUUCCAUUAAGGAGUUAAAUCACUUUAUUCAUGCAAUCCUAGUCACACCUACCCUGGCUGACUUGCACAGCCUCCCUACAUAAUUCUGGAAAAAUAGCCUAAUUGUUUUAGCAUCCUUAAUAGCACAUUGUGCAAUUUAGGAUUUCUUAUCUCCUGUUUUGUUAUUUGCAUUCUAAGUAAACUGUAGCACCUCGUGUGUGAUUAAGUUCAAUGAACAGAUCAAGAGAUAAGGACUUCUAAAGCAAACACACUGCGUUAUAAUUUAUUUUUAUUUUUUCUUCCAUGGAGGCCAUGUGAGUAACAGCCAGGACAUCUUUGACUAGUGCUGCAUAACCGCAGUGAUUUAACUCCUAAAUAGCAGAGCAGUAAGCAGGGAGACAGCAGCGGCAUGAUCUAUAUACCAAAACUGCUUCAUUUAACCAUAGUUAUUCUGGUGCUUAGCGUAUCCCUUUAAUGAAGGCGAACCAGGAUAUGAUGUCAUAUGAUGGAACCCUUUAACUAGCUCUCAACUAUGCGAUGUCCAAUCAUCUAUCAUGCUCUCAAUGAAGUGUUGGUGAUCAUGGUGAAAUAUUAGGCCAACAUCAUCAACCUUUGAGAAGAACUGCCUAAUACUUUAAACCCAUAUUAACAAAUGAUUUAUGAAAUGUGAUUUUGUAACAUAAUCUUUAUUAAAAAAUUACCCACAGGAAAUUCUAAUCCAUGUAGAGUAAAUUGAGAUUUAUCAGUUGAAGCAAUUUAUUUGUAUCUGUUUUAUAUAAACCAUACAAGCAUAUUUAAGUGAAAAUCAGCAAUGAAGUAUAUAUGGAGGUAUCAUCUCAAAAUACUGUAAAACCCAUAAUCUUAUAUGUUUUUACAAACACUCUACUUUUUCUGGCCUAGGUACAGAGGAUUCAAUGAAGACUAAGUCUGGGUUUAAAGGUGGAUUUCAGGAAGGACUGAGCCAAGCUGCUACCUUCUUAAAUGCCACUGCCAGCAUUUCUGAGACAAAGAGAGGUUAUGUUGUGGAGAAACUUUGUCAACACAUGGAAAACAGAACUUUUAAGAGUUUGCUAGAACCUGCACAAGAGGGACCAUUGGGAGUUAAUCACAGGGAGACCAUCCCAAGCCUACCACAGAUCUCUAGGAUUCCAGUAGAACUGAAAAAAAAGGACCAAUGUCCUGAAAGACAGUCUUGCACACCACUUCCCCAAAACUACCAAUCAUCCUCCAGUUCCGUUGAAGUGUCUUGUUUUAGGCCAGAAUCUCCAUCUUCAACGCAAAAAGUCCACACGAACAGCUCAAAAGAAUCCAUACAAAGAACACUCUUUCCCGCUCCUACCUCAAACUCUCAUGUACCUCCAACCCUUGUGUGGAGACCCUGGCCAUAA